CGUGCAGUUCCCCUGUGUCAUGUGACUCCCCGAGGGCCCAGGGGGAGGCAAGUCUGGGUGCCUUUCAAACUUCUUCGCGCUGACAUCCCCACACGGGGGGAGAGCACCAGAGAGCCGCCCCCGCUCUAACACCCUGUCUCGGCCUGCGGGGGAGUCCGUCGAUGCCCAGCCACGCUGGGCUGCUGCUGGAUGGAUACCUGUGACUGGAGACCGCUUCUAGGUUUUGAAAGUAUUUUAGAAGGGCUUUAUGGACCAAGGCUACGAAGAGACCUCAGUUUAUUUGAAGACUGUGAGCCAGAAGAGCUGACUGAUUGGUCAAUGGAUGAAAAAUGUUCCUUUUGUAACUUACACAAAGAAACAGUCAGUGAUCGUACCCCAAUUAUUGGUUCUUCACAGUCAACACCAACAGAGGAACUGUCAUCUCAGGGCCAGUCCAACACUGAUAAGAUUGAAUGCCAAGCAGAAAAUUACCUAAAUGCACUCUUUCGAAAGAAAGGGCUAUCUUCAGGAAUAGUCUUUGCAGAAAUAUGCUGGGAUUCAAAUGCUGCUUCACCCACCAGGAAUCGAUUUCCAGUUAGUGACGGAUAUUCCUGGUGUCUUCACUGUCUGGGAGACACCCAUGUACCAUCAAAGGAUCUUCCUCAGAACUGUGAUCCUAACAUUCCCCUAGUUGCUCAGGAAUUAAUGAAAAAGAUGAUCCGUCAGUUUGCAAUUGAAUACAUUUCAAAAAGUAGCAAAAUUCAAGAGAAUAGAAAUGGUUCAUCAUUUGAACCAAGUCUGAUAUGUAAAAAUAUCCAAAUGAACCAAACGGAAAACUCCCUUCAGGAAGAACAGGAUAGCCCUCUAGACCUCACUGUGAAUAGAACUCAAGAGCAGAAAACUCAGCAAGGGGAUGGAGUGCUAGAUCUCUCUACGAAGAAAAGCGCAAGGCUGGAGGAGUCAACAUAUGAUCCAUUAUCAUCUGAAAAUUCAGUGUCUGGGAGACUACACAGACACAGAGAGGACUAUGUGGAAAGAAGUGCUGAGUUUGCAGAUGGUUUGCUCUCAAAAGCUUUGAAAGACAUUGAGUCUGGAGCACUGGACAUAAAUAAAGCAGGCAUACUUUAUGGCAUACCUCAAAAAACUUUACUUCUCCACUUAGAAGCCUUACCAGCAGGAAAGCCUGCACUUUUUAAAAACAAAACUCGAGAUUUCAAUGAUAGUUAUUCAUUUAAAGACAGAAAAGAAACUUGUGCAGUGCUGCAAAAGGUAGCCUUGUGGGCAAGAGCUCAAGCAGAGCGCACAGAAAAAAGUAAACUCAGUCUACUUGAAACCUCAGAAUUAAAAUUCCCAACAGCUUCCAGUUACCUCCACCAGUUAACUCUACAGAGAAUGGUUACUCAGUUUAAAGAAAAAAGUGAAAGUCUACAAUAUGAAACUUCAAAUCCUACUGUACAGUUAAAAAUUCCUCAGCUAAGAAUAAGUUCUGCGUCCAAACCACAAUCUGAUAAUGCUGGUCUUCUGGAUGUCAUGUACCAUGUUUCCAAAACCUCCUCAGUCUUAGACGGAUCAGCUCUUCAAAAAUUGAAAAAUAUACUCCCUAAACAGAACAAAAUUGAAUGUUCUGGACCUGUAACUCACUCAAGUGUUGACUCCUACUUUCUGCAUGGGGACCUCUCUCCUUUAUGUCUUAAUGUUAAGAAUGGAACAGUUGAUGGAACAUCUGAAAAUACAGAAGAUGGUUUGGAUCGCAAAGACAAUAAACAACCAAGGAAAAAACGUGGCCGUUAUAGGCAAUAUGAUCAUGAAAUAAUGGAAGAAGCUAUUGCUAUGGUAAUGAGUGGGAAAAUGAGUGUUUCCAAAGCACAAGGAAUUUAUGGGGUACCUCACAGCACUUUAGAAUACAAAGUUAAAGAAAGAUCUGGAACACUGAAGACUCCGCCGAAGAAGAAACUUCGAUUACCAGACACUGGGUUAUUUAAUAUGACAGAUUCAGGGACUGGCAACUGCAAAAACAGCAGCAAGCCUGUGUAGAUUAAUUGUUAGCAAAUUGUUUGGUGUGUGUGUGUGUGUGUGUAUGUCUGUCUGUAUACACACACACAUAUGAGAAAUACAUAUGCUCACACUGACAGAAGACAUGAAAUUAUACAGUUCAAAAACCACAUACAUGCCUUUUGAAAAGUAGUUUUAUUCAGGGUUUUCACUGUGGACAGAAUUAUAGAGUUCUCCCUUAAUUCUGAUAGUGUGUAUUUAAUAAAAUCCUUGUAUAAAUAGGUGAAAAAGAUUCAGGUUUUCUUUAGUAGUCAAUAGCAUAAAAUGUUUUGGGAAAACAAGUAUUUGUCAUGUGAAGCAUUAUUUUUAGUUGGUAAAGAACCACAUUAGCCAUUGAAUAAACCAUCUUAUGGAAAUACAUGACCCAUGGUUUGCAAACUUUUAUACUUCACAAAAUACUUGCAAUAGUUUGUAAGUAGUUCAAAAUACACAAAUCAAGGGAUUAUUUUUCUUUUACAAAGUUAGUUCCUUACGAAGGAAAUGGAUAUGUGAAGUAUUAGUAGGAGGUAGUACAUUCUGUGGAAGAAGAAAAAGAUACAUCAUAACUAGAUCUCCAAUACAACUAGAAAAAACCAAAACAUUUCAUUAAUAAAAAUGUGUGUUAGCAGACAUAAAACUGUAUUUUUAUCAUUUUAAGAAGAAUUUUGUUCAUUUAGCAAGAAAUUGGUGUUUACAAAAUAUACAUUUAUGAAAACUGACAAAUUACUGUAGUUAUAGAACUAUUAAAUAUGAAAUAAGAUGGAAUACUAAGUAUAAAAUAAUUUAAACUUAAUUAACAUAAUUUUCCUUUUUAGUUUGGAAAAUAAGAUAACUUCUAAGGUUUAAGAAGAAAGUUGGAAUGCAACUUAGAGCAUGUUCAUAAUGUGCACAGAAUGAGCUUGAGAAUGGAUAUUAAAUGUGCUGGUUAGUUAAUGUUAUGACUACUUAAAAUUCAUUUAAGGAUUGUCACACUCCUUAUAUUGAAAAACAAAAAACUCACUGUAACUGUAACAUAUUUGCUGCUGUGACAUUUCAAACCUUUUCAGUUUAUCAAAAUGAAUAUCAAGUUUUCAUUUUGGUGGGCCGAUACACUAUCGUUUUGCUAAUAACCAAACUUGCAGUUCAGGGUCUUGACAGAUUCACAAAUAUUAAACAGUGAAGCUGCUUUGAACUUUCAGUAGUAUAAAUUCAUUAUAAAUUUGGUAGAAGCUAGGCAGUUCAUUUUAAAUAUAUGACUUAAUAGAAUCUAAGAGAGACCAGCUGUCUUCAGAUUGCAGUUUUUAAAUUAAUUUUCAAGUAUUUACAUUGGAUUUUAAAUUAUAUGUAAUUUUGGUGGUGUAAUGUCAUAAAGCAUAUGUCUAUAUAAGAAUGAGUGCUUGCUUUAUACAUUCAAAAUUCAACACCUGUGCCCUUUUUCCAGUUAAAAUUUAGGUUUAGAUUGUUUUUUCUAAACCAAAUCAAACAUAUCCAGAAACACUUACCUGUUUUUCUACUUUUUGUAAAUUUUCUCUCACACAUACAGUGUCAGACAUGUUUUUUUGCUUAAAUUUGCCUUUGUAUAGGCUAAUUAUCCUAUGUGAAUGUAAGACUACAUUACACGUGUAGGACCACAUCAUGUAAUUGACUCAGUGCGGAGUUUCUCUUAAAAAUUUGUGGCAAAAUCUAGCUCUUGGCUAUUAAUCUUAUUACAGGUAAUUCCUUACGUUUUAAAAUAAAUGAAUCCAUAAGAAGUUAAGUGAAACUGCACAACCACCAACAUAUCAAUCUUUUGGUCUCUUAGAUCUAUAAUGUAUCCUCUUCAACUAUUAAGGUUUACUUGCAUAUUAGAAAAGGAAUCCUUCUGUAAAAUAAUUGUAUCUAAUAACAAGUAGGAUACAUAUAAGCAGGUGUCAGGGUCAUCGUUGAUUUUAAAGAAUUAAGCCAUAUUUUUGUGAGGGCCAGAAAGAUGAAUUUGUUAAUGUAGCCUCCCCAGCGGAAAACAAAAUUGAUAGUACCUAAAGGUUUCAAAAUCUCUCUUUAUACAGAAUUUUACUUGCAAAAGUUUUUGGGGCUUCAAUACAUUGCCUAAUAUUUGUACCACACUAAAAAUUUUUAUUCCUCGGACAAUAUUAUAAAAUUGAGUCAGAAGUUUAUAUUGAAGGCAAGUUACAGUACACUUUUUAUAUCAUUUAAAAGAUGACCUGACCAAAAAUUGACAGGAUUCAUAAAAUCAGGGAUCAUUUUACUAUUGACUUAACAGUGAUCAGUAGUUUUGUACGUAAUAUUAUAAUUAAUUUUCAGCAUUUUAGUACUUGUAUUUAUUUAUUUUUUUGGUCAGAAAUAGUAUAUUAAAAUAUUUUUUGAUAGUUUAUAGAUGAUGCUCAACCUGUAAGUGUUUAAAAAGAAACAGAAUUAUUUGUUUCUAAUUAUUAGGCUAACUUUUGAUUACACAACUAAGGAAAGGCAGGGAAAUGUGUAGGUUCCCCUUCCCUAACUCCAGUGUAUUCCAUUUAAAUGUCAUUUAAGUUGUACCUUUGAACUGUUUUAUAAAUUCAGUUACCAGUGACUACUUCAGAAUUGACAAUUUCUGAAAAUUCAUGUUUCAGCAGACUUUUAAAUGAAGGCGAAAGCAAGCCCUACAUGCUUUCUACUUAUUUGAAUGUUUCUCAAGUAUUUUAUAUUAAAAAACAGUGCCUCUGUUUUUAGAACUACUGCUCAGUAAAGUUGUUUAAACCAUUUCUGGUAGCUAAUGACAAUUUUAUAUUAAAUUGUAUAUUAACUUUAGUGAGACUGAUUUUUUUUUUAGUUGUUUACAGUACAAAUACUUGUAUUUGUUUUUUAAUUGCAGUAUUUCCAUUGUCGCAGUAAUUUAGUAAAACUCUGUGGCUGCCUUGAUUUUUGACAGAUUUUGUUAAUAACUGAUUUUUAGGCAAUUAGUUAUAUUUAUGCAUAAAUCAAUUGCACUAUAAUUCAUGAAUUAUUUAUUACAAUAUUUUCUAAUGAAUUCCAUGUAUUUGUCUUGUGUUGUAAAUGUACUGUAAUUCUGUUUCCUCUUUGUGUUGUUAUAUACCUAAAUCUGAUUGUAUGAAUUUAAUUGUUUAGUUAACGUGUUUCUACGUUGUAAUUUGUAGUAAAGCACUUCAAUGCUUUUGCACAUAAAUUUACAACAACACUGAUGUGUGAUUGAUUUUGCUCAUUCAGUAAAACAAAACAAAAAAAGA